GUCUCCAAUCUGCCUCCCCUAGAUGCCUUCUUAAAGUCACCGAGCGUAAGUGGGUCCUUUAAUCGCUCUAGCAUGGUAAGCGACAUGGGUAUUACCGAUUUGGAUGAAUCCUAUUUCACUACCAUUGACGUGGAUGAAGAUGGCGAAGUCGACGAUGACGCCUUCUUUGAUGUAUCGGGUGAGAUGGGAGGUCAAUCUUCACUCUCACCUCAGUCGUCUUCGGCUCCCCCAAUGCUAGCAGACGUUGGGGAGCCCGACAACAAGGGCACGGCCCCACGCAGCUCAUCACCGGUGCUACAGGAGGAUGAGUUUCCUAUAUACACCGUUGCACCUACUGUCCUCGCCAACUUGCCAAGCUCUUUCGAAAUCCGGCGUAAUACUCAGGUUGCUAGUUCUCUGGCCUCUCGUCAAGCGGCUGACUCAAACACAUCCGAUGACGAAACGGCAGUUCAACAGUGCAUCGCCCUCUCGCCUCUGGGCACCUGCCUCCUCUUCUCUGAUUCACCCGGUCCAUCCUCUCCCACCGCUGCCGCUGCUGUUACCGCCUCUAACGAGAUGAUCUUGAGACCUCAACAAAUAAAUGAGAACUCCUCUUCAGUGUCUCUGACAUCCACUGAACAGAAGCCGAUUCCUCUCACUAUCUAUUCUAUACUGGCGCAAUCCCAGGCCAAGUUCACUUUGGUCAAAAGUCGGGAGCUUCUUUUGCCCUCUCAGCGGGGUGACCGUGUUGCCCAGGUGACUGUAGCUACGGCUUCCAUCUCUUUUGACGACUCUCUUCUCAUUGCCAGCCUCUCGAACGGUCGUUUGUGGAUCUUCUCUCUCGACGAAAUAGGUUGGGUUGCCUGUAUCGCUUCUUCCAUUCCCCUAAAGGCGAAUCCGCUUUACUCUGCACUAAUGAGUGCUCGAACGCCCCGACCUCGGCCUGAAUGUUCUCCUCUCGACACUACUACGGUAUCCUACUGUGAUCCGAAGCUGCUGGAUUGCGCACUCACUGAUGGCAAGGUGGCUAAAAACUGCAUUUUCAUCCGCUGGCCCAAUCAGUCUCGAGUACCCGUUAAUCCCGGUGGGUGGACUCCGCCUGAUGAUCCCCUCGUGGCUGCCUCAAUUGACAACCUGGUCUUGGUGUGGGCUUUCGAAAACAAGUUACCUGAGAACGUGGAGAGCCUGCAGAACCCCGAGACUAUUGUAGCUGCAAGUCGUGUACAAUUUUGCCUACCUUGUCCGCCCUCGACCACCAUCACUACCUUGGAUAGUCAGCCUUUCGGCAACUUCUGUCUUAUUGCCGCUGGCCUCAACACUGGUCGUGCAAUCAUAUGGAGUCUACCGGAGCGCUGCAAGAUCUUCGAUGUGUGUGCUCACGGCACCUCGGUAUCGAGCAUACGUCUCUCACCCCAUGGUUUUUGCCGUUCUCCUGCGGCAACACCUACAACCUCUCCCGCCGGAUCCUCGCACACGUUCGACCUUGUCGCCAUAACAACUGCUGCUGAGGACGGUGUUGUCAAGGCCUGGGAGUUCCACUGGCCCUCCUCCAAGGAGCCGCAGUCCACGGUGGGACCAUUAGUCUCAUUCUCCAUAUGCAUUUUGUCGGAUUUUUCAUAA